AUACCAGGAUAGGAUCAAAGGGGGCGCCAAAAUUCAUGAAACGUCAAAAAAAAACGAAAGGCCGCAAAGCACCAGUGAAAAAAAGUGAAACUGCGAACAAAAAUUGUUGAAUCUGGAAUUUUAGCGAGUCGCCCCGAUCCCGCACGUAUAUGCUCGCCGCCCUCGCCCGGACUUGAUCCGCCAGUCGCCGACAUCUGGUGCUAUACCCAGAUCAAAUUGGUUAGCUUUAGCUACAUGUGGACCAUAGGUAACUUUAGCUAUUCCCGGCAGGAGAUGGGCGAAGUACUCAAAUCGUCCACAUUCUCAUCCGGUCCCAAUGACAAAUUGAAAUGGUGUCUACGGGUUAAUCCCAAGGGUCUCGACGAGAUCUGUAGUCCGGGCCAAGAUCAAAUUGUCCAUAUUGAAUAGCAGGCGUGAGAAGAUCAAGUCCAUGGAGUCAAUAGAGGCUCACCGCUUUGUGCAGGGCAAGGAUUGGGGCUUCAAGAAGUUCAUUCGCCGCCAACUUCUGCUGGAUGAGUCCCACGCCCUGCUGCCGGAGGACAGGCUGACCAUCUUCUGCGAGAUCAGCGUCGUGGCGGACACCCUGAACACCUCCGGACAGUCCACCAUCGUGCCUCUGCUGAAAGCGCCCCAGUGCAAGCUGUCCGAGGAUUUCGGAAAUCUCUUUGACAACCAGUUGUUCAGUGAUGUAACAAUCUGCGUGGGCGGUACAGAGCUCCAUGCGCACAAGGCCAUCCUGGCAACUCGCAGCGUAGUCUUUGCGGCCAUGUUUCAGCGUGGGAUGGAGGAGCGUAAGCUGAAUCGUGUGGUCAUAACCGACGUAGAGGAUCAUGAGGUGCUCAAAGAAACUCUGCGUUUCAUAUACACGGGCAAAUCGCCCAAUCUAGGAAACAUGGCUGAUGAACUCCUAGCCGAAGCCGAUAAGUAUGCACUCGAAAAGCUGAAAGUGAUGCGCGAGGAGGCGCUGUGCGCCAAACUCUCGGUGGAAAAUGCAGCCAAAACACUAAUUUUGGCUGAUCUCCACAGUGCGGAUCAAUUAAAGGCACAUACGCUUGAAUUCAUAAGUUCCCAUGCCAGCGAUGUGGUGGAAACCUCCGGAUGGCGAAAUAUGAUCGAUAGUCACUCACAUUUGGUAGCGGAGGCAUUUCGUGCGCUAGCCACGUCACACAUUCCAAGAAUUGGACCACCAAGGAAACGCAUUAGAUUGCGUUAAAAAAAUACAAUUCAAAAACUGCACCAACCAUAAUAUGAAUAACAACUUCAACAACAUCAGCAGCAAAUCGUACACCAAAGACAAUCAAC